AUGCCGGCCGGGGAGCUUCGCUUCUCAUCACCGCUUCCAAACGAUUCCACCUACAUGGUGGUCGACGAUGACGACGAGGCGGCCUGGUUGUGGACCCAGAUAAAAGCAGAAGCGAGGCGCGACGCCGAGUCAGAGCCAGCUUUGGCUAGCUACCUCUAUUCAACAAUUCUUUCUCACUCCUCGCUGGAGAGGUCGCUCGCCUUUCAUUUAGGGAACAAACUUUGCUCCUCAACGCUUCUCUCCACUCUCUUGUACGAUCUCUUCCUCAACACUUUCGCUUCAGACCGUUCUCUUUGUGCCGCUGCUGUUGCUGACCUUCGCGCCGCCCGUGUUCGGGACCCUGCUUGCGUUUCUUUCGCUCACUGCCUCCUCAAUUACAAGGGUUUCUUGGCUUGCCAGGCUCAUCGAGUUGCCCACAAGUUGUGGACUCAGGCCCGUAGGCCACUGGCUUUGGCAUUACACUCUCGAAUCUCUGAUGUUUUUGCCGUUGAUAUACACCCAGCAGCAAAGAUUGGGAAGGGUGUGCUUUUUGAUCAUGCAACUGGUGUGGUCAUCGGUGAAACAGCCGUGGUAGGAAACAAUGUCUCCAUUUUGCAUCAUGUUACACUUGGAGGAACAGGGAAAGCCUGCGGGGAUCGACACCCCAAGAUUGGGGACGGCGUGCUGAUUGGAGCUGGCGCCACCAUCUUGGGGAAUGUAAACAUUGGGGAAGGAGCUAAGAUUGGAGCAGGUUCAGUAGUGCUAAUUGAUGUGCCCCCUCGAACCACAGCGGUUGGAAACCCUGCAAGGUUGGUGGGAGGAAAGGAAAAACCAUCAAAGCAUGAGGAAUGCCCUGGAGAGUCCAUGGAUCAUACUUCAUUUAUCUCUGACUGGUCAGAUUAUAUCAUUUGA